CCAAAAAAAAGGGGGGGGAGUGGAAGAGUCACGAAGACCCAGGGAAAAGUGGUUAAAACAAACAAAAAACAAAACACACCCGUGCCCUGGGACGGAUGUACCAGCACACCUAUUUUCCCCCAGCGUGGUGCCUUUUUUUUUUUUUCCCCCCCCUUCAAAACAACUUUGCCCCGGCUCUUCAUACUGUCUCCACUGCUAGCGUGGUUCUUUAUCUGGAAUGGGUUGACCACCCCUGAUGUAACUAUAUACAUGUUUAAGUUAAUGUGCCAAUUUUCAUUGACAUAUAUGGAAAGGAUGGUAUAUAGAGUACCUGAACAAACAGUUGAAAGAAAUCUAUGAGCUAAAAAACAAAUUACAUUCCUGUCACUUAAAAACUGUACCUACUAGCAUUACAAAUAAAACCUAAACUAUUGCAUCACAAUAGAGAAAAAUCAUGUUUUUUCCUAGUGUGUGCCUCUCACAGCACCUUUAUCAGAAGAAAGAGUUACUCACCUUGUGCAGUAACCGUGGUUCUUCAAGAUGUGUGUCCCUGUGGAUACUCUACUCUGGGUGCUGGUGCAUCCUCGCGCCAGUGACCAGAGAUUUUUCUAGCAGUUUCUGCUGCGCUGCGCACACACUGUGGCACUCCCUCGUGCCAUUAGUGUCCAUUAGGCGUGUGCGUGGUGCAGCUCCAUCCGCUCCUUCUGUACCCACACUAGUAGAGCAUGGGACUCCAAAUCAGGGGAAGAAAGGAGAGUCGUGGUGCACCCACGUGGACACACAUCUCGAAGAACCACCAUUACUGCACAAGGUGUUUUCGGCAUCCUGGAUCCAUGAAGAAGCCAGGCAUGGAGAUGGAGUUUGUGCAGUUCAGGAUGAAGAACUGCGCCAUGAUUCUGGGAGAGGAGAUUGUGUUGAGGUGGAAAAGUGUAUAGAUCCAUUACUAUCAUUCUGUGGAGAAACAAAAGGGAGAGAAGAAGCUCCGUCUGCUGCCAAGAACGGUAGAGAAGGAACUGAGGAAGCUGCACUGUGCACACACCAACCGGACUCUAACAGCAUGAGAGAGCGCCACAGUGCAUGCGAGGCAGACACUGCUAGAAAAAUCUCCAGCCGCCGGCACAAGGACACACUGGUACCCAGAGUGGAGCACUCAUGGGGACACUACUCGAAGAAGAAUCCCUCAUUUGUGUGGGUCUUUGAGACAUAACAGAAAAGAAAACACAUUUUAAGUAAAACACCACACAAGGUACAUCUAUACUACACACUAGUUGCAGCAUCAUAUAGGGCAUGUGUAGCUACGCACUGCUAUGAGAAACAAGCUGUUGUGUCCACAUGUGUCACUGAAAGGCUCUGACAGUUUCCUGUGUCAAGCAAAAGCUCAAGCAACUAGGAGGCAGAGAGAUACUACGCUGCUAAGAACAGCAGAAUAGACUCGAGAGACAUUGCUUGGGCAAAGCAGAUAGCCAGGCAGGGUAUACUACCCACAAGAUUUAGGUGUAUCUUUACAGCUGGUCCCCAAGUUGCGAACAAUCGACUUACGACAGUUCGCAGUUACAACCAAAGCUGUUGUAAAUGGCGGACCCUGAGUUAUGAACGCGAUCCAUGCUUAUGAACAGCGUGGUCACGUGUAACUCUAUGGGGUCCGACUUACGAAUGAACCGAGCUACCACCAAUCACUUGGUCCGUAACCGGUUCGUAAGUCGGGAACAGGCUGUACUUGCUUAAGAUGUGAUUCAACAUCUUAACUGUUAUUUACACCUGUAGGGGGGCAUACAGCAUAUUCUUUGGACCAUUAGAGGAUGUGUGCAGUACAGGCAUACUUAAAUUGGUAGGAGGACUGAGGCAGACACAGUUAUCUUCAACUUAAUUUUUUUAAUUAACUAGCUUUCAAAAUGACAUUUAGUUUUUUCUGUUACCAAUAUCCUAGUAUUUUCUGAAUUUAAGAAAAACUGUUCCCACACUGGACUGAAAAACAUACAUAGUCCUGAGGUUUCUGCAGUACACACUUCACGAUCUUUAGCGCUAAAUAAUUUCCCAGCCUUCAAUAUGGUAAAACAAAAAUACUAUUACAUUCAUAAAAUUUUCCCAUUGUUUGCAUCAGUUGCAUUCUUGACAAUAUGCAGAUAUCUUCAAGUACUAACACUAUUUCAGGAAAAUCUCUCUGUUUAGGACAACACUUGAGCACAACAUGCUUAAUUUACAGCAUAAGUUCCGUUCUGAAUUGACACCACAGUGUUUUUAUCUUUUUCAAAAACACUUGCUCAUGGCUACUCCAUUUAACAUCCUCCCACCAAAGGGGGUGGCAGCAUUCCAAGCCAUUAGACACAUCUUUUAUUCACUGUCUAUUGUGCAGUAACUGUACUACUCAUGGAUUAUGUUUUCAAGAUAGCACAGUAAGGAGGAGGAAGUCAGUAUUUCAGAUUUGUUCUUCCACAAAGCUAUUUUAUCUGCAAAAUAUUUUAGUGGACCAUCCAUAAAGGUUUGUUGUAAUAUUCAAUAAACACACUACUUGAGGCUUUUAUUACUGCUCGAUUUUAGUGUGUGCUUAACAGUGAUUUGAUACAUGUUCUUUGUCCAAGGGAACAGACUUUUCAAAAACAUUAUUUACCAAGCUUUUUAUUUCUUUUAAAAACACUUUAAAGAGAAUCAUAACAUGCUUUUGUUUGGAUCUUUU